AUGGUCAACCAAUCUCAGUCUGAGCUGCCCGAGAAGAUUCUCAAGACCGAUCUCCGGCAGUACGGCCGGAGAAGACGGAAUGAUGGUCCAUACGCAGACAACUUGGACCUUGAUGUGCUGGUCGUCGGUGCUGGUUUCGGAGGCGCCUAUUCCUUGUACGAGGCUCGCAAGAGCGGCUUCAAGACUGUACUGUGGGAUGCAGGUCUCGGCUUUGGUGGUACUUGGCGAUGGAACAUCUAUCCAGGAGCAAGAGUGGACUCUCCGGUCCCAAUCUACGAAUUGGCUAUUCCAGAGGUAUACAAGGACUGGCACUGGAGCACGAACUAUCCCUCUUGGCACGAGCUACAAGCAUACUUUGACCACUUGGACAAGACCCUUGAGCUUAGCAAAGACUCCGCUUUCGAGACUGUCGUUGUUUCCGCAGAAUUUGACAAGGAUGAGGGCAAAUGGACAGUGAAGAGUCAAGAUGGUCGUACUGCAAAGGCAAGGUUCUUGAUCGUUGCAGCUGGGUUCUCUGCCAAGCGAUAUAUCCCGGAUGUACCAGGUCUCGACACAUUCAAGGGCGAGAUUCAUCACUCCUCCUUCUGGCCCACUGAGGGCGUCGAAUACAAGGGCAAGAAGGUCGCAGUGAUUGGCACCGGUGCUUCUGGCGUGCAAUUGAUUCAGGAAAUGGGUCCCGUCGCUGAGCAACUCACUGUCUACCAACGAACACCAAACCUUGCCCUGCCUAUGGGUCGCCGCGAUUUGACCAAGGAAGAGCAAGACAGGCUGAAGCCAGACUACCCAUACAUCCACGCCAUGCGCGAGAAGUCCUUCUCCGGCUUUCACUACGAUCUGUGCGAGCGUAAUGCCUUCCAGGAUUCACCAGAGGAGCGAGAAGAGUUCUUAGAUGGUCUGUGGAAGCAGCAGGGUUUCGCCCUCUGGCUUGCGGGGUACAAGGACUACCUGUUUGACGAGAAGGUCAAUCGUGAAUCAUACAACUACUGGCACAAGCAACAAUCAAAACGGGUGAAGAACGAGGAGAAGAAGAAAGUUUUGUUCCCAAAGGAGCCACCACACCCAUUCGGUGUCAAACGACCAAGUCUUGAGCAGAACUACUACGAGGUUCUCGACCGAGACAACGUCAGGAUAGUCAACAUCAACGAGAAGAAUGGAACUCCAAUUGAGCGAUUCACCGAGAAGGGCAUCGUUGCCAACGGCGAGGAGAUCGAGUUCGACAUCAUCGCAUUGGCUACUGGUUUCGAUGUGGUCACUGGUGGCAUGACCUCCAUGGGUCUGAAGUCCAUCAACGGCACAUACCUGUCCGAUGAGUGGAAAGACGGCGCCAACACCUACCUCGGAACCACCAUCUCUGGCUACCCCAACCUUUUCCACCUUUACGGCCCACACGGCCCAACCCUUCUUUCAAAUGGCCCAACCGCAGUCGAGAUUCAGACGCGCUGGAUCCGAGAUGCUAUCAAGCUCAUCAACCGAGAGAAUCUCAAGUAUAUCAACCCAACCAAGGAGGCUAGUGAUGCGUGGAAGCAACGCAUCCAGGAUCUUGCCGCGCCCACACUUUUCCCAACUACUCGAUCAACGUACAUGGGCGGAACUGUGCCAGGCAAGAAGUUCGAGAUGACUUGCUAUGCGGGUGGUGUUGAUGCGUAUGGCCCUGAGAUUAGGAAAGCUCUUCAAGGCUGGCAAGGCUUUGAGACCGUCAAGGCAUAA